CUCGCCGAGCCUGGGGAAACACAGCUGUGCUCUCCCAUCCAGACGUACAGGGGCGUCAUCCCGCUGGCGGCGGGGACUCCCUGAGCAGCCAACUCGGACCAGCCACUCCUAGUAGAGAAAGGAGUUUGCUGGCGGAACAAGCGGAGCGCCAAAGAAAAGAGGGGGGAAGGCUGCUGAGCAGGGGUAGCUCGACCGUCCGCCGCCGCCGCAGGUUCAGGCGCCCGGGGACCGAGCUCCGUUCAGACCGGCCGAGCCAUCAAGCAAGGCAGAAGGAAACCUCCGCACGCGCCAAAACGGCGAAGGGCAAGACGCUACUUUUCACAGCCCAGAGUUCUGAGGAGGAUGAGCCAACAGGAUGGGGAGCAAGCUAAUCUGUCCCAUUCCCUCUUCGAUGCCUUUCUCCGUGCCAAGCAGUGCAAAGAGGUGCUGGAGAAUUUUGAAGCACUGUGCAGACAUCUGGGUCUAGAACACACUGGCCAACUCCUGUUCUAUCACAAGCUCAAAUCUUGUCUAAACUAUUGGAGUGCCAAGGCUUUGUGGACCAAGCUAGACAAGAAAGCUGGACACAGAGACUAUGAUCAGGGGAGAGCAUGCGCCAGAACCAAGUGCCUGAUCAUUGGGGCAGGCCCCUGUGGACUCCGCACAGCCAUUGAGCUGGCCUUCCUCGGAGCCCACGUGGUGGUGGUGGAGAAGAGAGACGUCUUUUCCCGAAACAAUGUGCUGCACCUUUGGCCUUUCACUAUCCAGGACCUGCGGGCACUGGGAGCCAAGAAAUUUUAUGGCCACUUUUGCACAGGCUCCUUGGAUCACAUCAGUAUUCGUCAGCUGCAGCUGAUCCUGCUGAAAGUUGCCUUGCUCCUGGGUGUUCAGAUUCAUAUCAAUGUGCAGUUCAAGGGACUUGUUCCACCGGCAGCAAAUUCCAAAGGAAAGGGUGGUGGCUGGAGAGCUGUGCUGCAACCCAGCUCCUCACCCUUGAGCCAAUAUCAGUUUGACAUCCUCAUCUCUGCAGGUGGUGGCAGGUUUGUGCCAGAAGGUUUUAAGAGGAAGGAGACCCGUGGAAAACUGGCCAUUGGCAUCACCACCAACUUUAUAAAUAACCACAGCAAAGCUGAGGUGGAGGUAGCUGAGAUCAGUGGAGUGGCUCGCAUCUACAACCAGAAAUUCUUCCAAAACCUCUAUAACAAAACAGGUAUCGACUUGGAAAACAUUGUCUACUAUAAAGAUGACACUCACUACUUCGUCAUGACAGCCAAGAAGCAGAGCCUGCUAAAGAAGGGAGUCAUCUUAAAUGACAAACCAGAUAUAGAAAGUCUUCUGUCUCCAGAGAAUGUGAACCAGGAAGCUCUUCUUGCAUAUGCCAAGGAAGCUGCCAACUUCUCCACCAACUACCAGCUGCCCGAACUGGAGUUUGCAUUGAACCACCGCAGCCUUCCCGACGUCGACAUGUUUGACUUCACCUGCAUGAACCGCUCAGACAAUGCGGCUCUAGUGCGUGACUGCAGUGGCGCAAAGCUGCUCAUCGGGUUGGUGGGUGACUGCCUGGUGGAGCCAUUCUGGCCUUUAGGCACCGGUGUGGGCAGAGGGUUCCUAGCAGCUUUUGAUGCUGCCUGGAUGGUGAAAAGGUGGGCUUCAGGGACACCCCCGCUGGAUGUGCUGGCUGAAAGAGAGAGCAUAUAUCAGUGGCUGUCACAGACUUCGCCUGACAACACCAGCAAGAACAUCAAUCAGUACAGCAUUGACCCCACCACACGAUACUCAAACAUCAACCUCCGAGCCAUCAAACCCUCACAGGUUCGCAACCUGUACGUAACGGGAGAAGUUGAAAUGGACCAGAAGAACAGGAGAAGUGGCAGCCCAGAGAUCAUCUCUAAAGAUGCCAGCCGAGCCUAUGAGGAGCUCCUUAGCUGGUGUCAAGCCAACACAGCAAACUAUGACGGCAUUAAGGUGGAAGACUUCACAUACUCCUGGAAAAGCGGCCUGGCCCUGUGUGCCCUAAUACAUCACUUCCGACCAGAACUGCUAGACUUUAAUUCAUUGGACCAAAAUGACCCUGUUGGGAACAACCAGCUGGCCUUGGAUUUGGCUGAGCAGGAACUAGGGAUCCCUCCCAUCCUCUCCAGCACAGAAAUAGCAUCUGUGUCUGAGCUUGAACAGCUUGGCUUGAUCACCUACUUGAGCCAGUUUUAUGAUGCCUUCAAGACCUCUCCAGAAGCAGAGGAGAAAGAAUUAAAAUCUCUGACACCACGUGGCACGAAAGGAGCAAUCCUCUUCCUCAGCAAGCUUCAGAAAACUCUCUCUCUCACACGUAAACGGAACCUGGAGAGCUCCACUGCGGAUGCAGAAGCCAAGAAGAUGAAGCAAGAGGCUGGGAGCCCUCCUGUCUCCACUGCACAAAGCAGUGAUGCCUGCUAUUUCUGUGGAGAGCACGUGUAUAUCCUGGAGCGAGGCAGUGCCGAGGGGCACUUCUUCCAUCGAGGCUGUUUCAAGUGUCAUCAGUGUAAGACCACGCUGCGGCUAGGGGACUUUGCCUUCAAUGAAGAUGAUGGCCAUUUCUACUGCAUGCUGCACUGUUCAGCCUCCACAGAUCCAACUGCACCCAACAACAGAACUUCUGCUGAAGCAACGCGUAAGGAUUCCUUCCUCUACAAGCCUUCCCAAAAAGGCAUUCUAGACAUGGCUACAGAAGAGAGUAGAAUGGAAACUGAUUCAGAUCAGCAAGGACCAGAUGAGAAUCUGUCUUCCAUUAUGGAUCAGCUGCCAGCAGGCAAACCUGAAGAACUUCAGAGAUCAGAUUCUGAAGAACCCAGUUUAUUCCCAUCUGGAGUGAAUGGAAGUGCAGUGACGAUAAACUCAGCUCCACAGCCACAUCAGGAGGCUUCUGUUGUGGGUGAUGAGGAGUUGGGCAACUCUGUCCCUGAGGCUGACUUGGCUUCACAGGCCAUGGGUAAGACUGUAGAUGGGGACAGGACUCAUCCUAAAAACACUACACCUCGCUUUGAAAAUUCAGUGGACAGUGGGCCUCAGGAAGAGUUAAACAAGAAGCAGCUUACAGAAGUGCAUGGAGUUGAUUUAAAUCCUGCAGUUUCUGGAAAAGUGCCAACUGAUCCAAGCUCCAAACUAGAACAGGAAACAUGUGAAAAUAUCCAGAGGAGAAGGCUUUACCUGUCAACCCUGGAGAAGCGUGAAUUAUCUACACUGAGUCCAAUUUCAGCCUCAUUUCAUUUCACGGAUAUGUGCCUAGAAGAAUCCAGCUUCAACAAAGAAUCAGAAGAGCCAUUGGAAACUGGAAGUGACAGUGAAGAGGAAGAGGAAGAGGAAGAACAAGAACAAGAAGGAAGGAUCAAAAAGACUGAAAUAGAUUUUCACUCCUUGAGCUUGACUGAAGAAGCUCAGCGUCCCACCUGGAAAAGGACCUUGGCACGACGAGCCAAAGAAGCCCAAAUGAAGAGGUUCUGCAAAGCGCAGUUAAUCCAGAGGCGGCUAGAAGAGAUCGAAGUCACUUUCCGUGAGCUUGAGAAAAAGGGAGUGCAGCUGGAGCGCUCUCUGCGGGAGAGGGGAGGAACCGGGUCUGAGCUAAAGACACUCUGGAUGAACCAGCUGCUCUCCCUGGUUCAGAAGAAGAACAACCUGCUGUGUGAGGAGUCUGAUCUCAUGAUGGCGGUGCAAGAGUUGAAGUUAGAAGAGCAGCAGUGCCAACUGGAUCAAGAGCUGCGACAGUACUAUAAUAUGAAUGAGGCUUCAAAAACUCUUGAGGACCAGCUGGCAGAGAAGAAGAUCCUGUCCCAGCUAGUGACGGUAGUGAAUCAGCGCAGUGCCCUGAUUGAGAUGCAAGAGAAGAAGCGUCUCAGCGAGCUCUCUGCAUAUGCUCCAUUGAACCUCUGGAAGAGUUGAGUUGGCUGGACCGAAGUCGCUGGGACUUAAGUCUUUGUUCAGAAGGCUGGCGCAGCACAGAGCUGCACAAGGAAGGAAGCUGCCCUUUAGCAAAGAUCUCUUUAAGCCAUCCCGGCCCACGUGGGAUGCUGCACAAAAUGACAAAAGGGGCCCAGACUGUGGCAGCAGCAAAGUGUGUGCUGUGAGCAACAUCUGAGGUUUCCGCCAAUGCCUGCAAAGAGUCAGGGCGUAUGCAUGGUUUCUGUGGUGCUUUCUAGCUUUUCAUAGGAAGAACUAGCCUGGCCUUGAUGCUCCCCCAGCUAUAGGGCUGUGACUGUGUGAAGCAAUAGUAAGACAGGAAGCACAGUAGAUUUUUUGUUUUUUGCCCAAAGCAAUUUUAUUACAAUGUAUCUUUAAGAUUGUAACCGGUGUAAUGAGACAGUUGGAAGAUGAGUAAGUGCCUGCAACCCCAUCUCAGCAGGCAGCUUUGCUUUCAUGCACUGCUGGAAGCUGCAAUGUUUGCUACUCCAGCUUCUUAAGGAGUACCAGAGUUGGCGUCCCAGUGUGGAAGUAAACAAUACAUGUUCCCUCUUUGCCUUUUGUCCAAGCCCUUUUCUAAACAACCACCAUGCAAUGUUCCUUCAGGCAAGUUGGAGGAGCUUUGCUGAAGAAGUACUGGAAGUACUUGCCUGGAUCUCACAGCUUCAUGUUAGUCCAAGACGGAGAAACAGCAGAAACUUCAAAAGAAUAUGCAAAGUUAAACAAAGGGGUUUUUGAAACAGGGCAUGAGAGAUUCGCUGGCUGGAGGUGUGAGGCUGGGAAUAGACUCUCCCAAAUUAAAAAUGGCACAGACAUGUGAGGACACAGGGCCAUCACUAAAGAGCCAAGUAGCUGUCCACACCUUCGCAUAAGUAACACAUUUAAUAGGUGUUGUAUUUCCUGAGAUAAUGCUUGACUGUGGUUUGACUACUGCAUCCUGCUAUGGAAGCACAGCCGUAAGAGGUACACCACACGAAGAGUGUUUACUUCACAGUAAACUGCUCUUGCAAGGCCUUAGGGAGCUGAGAUCACUGUUAAAUAACACAAGUCCAGGUAGGAAGAGAGAGCUUUUGUUCUGAUUGGAACGUGGCUGUGCCUGGACUGGAAUAAAGCCAUGAUUCUGACUGGAGGCAGUUUUCUCCAUUUCAAUAAAGAUGCAUGGACUGAACAGCAAGUGCUGUAAUGCUAUUUCUGAUAUAAGAUCUGUUCAGGUUUUUUUUUUCACUCCAAACUUUUGAGAAGCCAUCCAACUGCUGCGUCCACCUCCGUGUAAGAAAUGGAAGUGUCCUUGAAGGAAUAGGAUGCAAUUCCUCUGCACAGGUAAGCAGGUUUGGCCUCUGUAAUCUGCCUGGAUGGGAGACCCUCUGCAAGCCUAGCUAAGCCCCUCAGAAGAGCAGGAUAACCCUCACAGGAAGAGCCGAAUAGGCUUGGUAGAUAAACGCCUGUUUGCAUUGCAUAUGUUGUAGCAUGAUUGACUUGAUGUUUUCAGAGGCCUGUGCACAGAACAGGUAGCACUUUGGUAUGCUGCUUCUCACAGUAUUCUUUUCGAAACUGCAUGCGAGAGCUGAUUCUCAGCUACCAUGACUAUCCACUUAAAAAUGCCACACAGCACUGGCUGGCAGCUCCCUUUGCCAAGGAGGUAUCUUGAAAGGGGUGGCAAGGAAGGAGGCAUUGUCCUUUCCAGUACCCUCUCAUCUCACACUCUCGGAAGAAAAGCAAAGCAAAGCACAGAAAUGGGCUAAGCAUGGCAUGCUUCCUCCAAUUCGGUCGUAUGCACACAGCCAUUCAUUUCUCAUUCUAGCAUGUUUUAGAGGAAGGGCAGUAGCUCAGGUAACCUGCUUUGCAUAUAGAAGCUCCCCCCCCCCCUCCAGUCCCUAGUCUCUCCAGGUAUUGCUGCUGCAGUUAGAAUGGCCCAGUGAUCCUAGUCAGUGAUGGCAACUCACACUCAGCAGCCAAGUAUGGGUUGUCACUAAAUUAUGUGUUGUGGAAAAAUGGGCUAUUAUGGUGUCUGAACCCAGCUUUGCUAACAAACCAUGGUUUGUUAACCAUGCACGACCCAUGGUUGGUUGUUAGGUUGUAAACUGUGGAUUACUGAUUACUAGCACAUCAUGGUUUAUUAACAAAGCUGGAUUCGUGCACCAUGACAACACAAUUUUCUAGAAUAACCCAGUAUGGUAUAUUGGUUAGA